GACCUUGAAUAUAAAAAAGCUACUGUUUCUUCAAGUCCACCAUUGCCCAAUUAAGCUUCGCUUCUCUCUCUUGUUCUUUGCAGGGCGAUUAGAGGAACCAGAAGAAGAAGGCGGUGAUCCGAUGGGGAUCUUAUCGGCUAGGAUAUUUCGCGAAAUGGCUGAAGAUGCAGCUUAUUUCCAUCAUCAUCAGCCGCUGCAGCAGCAGCAGCAGCAGCAGCAGCAGCAGCAGCAGCGGCAGCAACAACAACAGAGCUCUUCCUUCUCACUUGAUGAUGAGUUAGAUUUGUUCCAUCCCCAUUUUCCUUCGGAGCCCUGCUCGAACUCUUCGCCAUCCCAUCUGCUCCCUCUUAUUAGCCCCGAGACGAUGCCUGGUUUUGUCCCACAAUUCGUAGAAACUCCUCAAGAGUUCGCUAAGAGGCCCUGGAAACAGCUCGAGACCGAGAGCUGGAUCUCUCCACGCACAACAGAGCACAAAACGAUGGCUCGCAAUGUGGUGAUAUCGCCAUCUCUGUCUCCGUCUCGGCCUCCUGAAUCACACUUUAUGUCGUUCGGGAACCCCAAUUCAUCUCCAGCCAUAUCCUAUCCAUUCUAUGGUACUUGUGAAAUCCAAGAUCGUGAGGAACCAAAGAUGAAAAGCGCUGGCGCGACAAGCAGGAAGCCGGUAUACACACAAGAAAACGUGCUAGCCGAGAGGAAGCGCCGCGAGAAGAUCAGUAAGCUUUUCAUCGCGCUCUCAGUCGUCAUUCCCAACCUUAAAAAGAUGGACAAGGCUUCCAUCCUCGAGGAUGCCAUCAGGUAUUCGAAAGAGCUUCAACAACGCGUCGAGGCGCUCGAGGAGGAGGUGGCGGCAAAGACCGUGGAGUCGGUCGUCGUUGCGAAGAAGCCCCGACUCACCAUGUACGACGAUACGUCUUCUUCGUCCAACGAGAAGUCUUGCGGCCAUCUGAACCGGCGACUCUCACUCCCUGAUAUCGAGGCACGAAUCUCUGGAAAAUGCAUCCUCAUCAAAAUCCACUGCGAGAAGAGAAAGGGCCUUAUUUCCAAAAUAAUCGGCCAAACAGAGAAACUGAACUUAAUUGUUGUAAGCAGCUGUGUCCUGCCUUUUGGGAGUUCCACACAAGAUGUCACAAUCUUAGCUCAGGUGGACGAGGGAUUCAGCUUGAAAAUGGGGGAUCUCGUGAGGAAUCUGCGUCAAGCUCUUCUGGAUCUCAUGUGAUUUCCUGCAAUAUUCUCAUCUCAUCGGAGUUGGCUAGCAACAACGGACAAAACCGUAAAUGAUGCAUCUCAUUUUCUUUUUUUGCAAUACUUAAAUCACUCUCUCCGAUCCGACAGCAGCAAACUCUCUGCCAACGCCAAAACAUUGGCGUUGGUUUCAAGUAUGGAAUCUCUACUAUUUUGCA